AUGAAACCAACUCUUAUACUGAUAUUAGUUAUAAUAAGUGGUAGUCAAGGAUUACAAGUUUCACCAAAUAGUUGUAAUUACAAUCUGUAUUUUAUAUCACAAUCAAGCUUUAAUUACAAGAAUCGAAAAAGAUCAGAGUUUUCACUGAGUGCUAGUUUUACUGAACGCUUGUACAAAGAGAUCCGACGUCGUAUAAGGAGGACCAGAGAAACAGUAGAGCAAAAAAGAAUUAGGCUCGAGAAGGAGGAAAAGUCGAAACGUGAUGGUUUAUUGUAUCCACCAAAAACCAGUUACGAGUUAUAUAUAGCAAUAGAUAACCAACCCUUGGAAAGUGUGAGAAACCAGUUUGGACACAUACUGAGUAAAUUGAAAAAAAUAGGAGCGGAAAAUAUACAUAUAUAUAAUUUAGGGCUAAAAACACUAGUGAGACCAAUAAAAAAAAGAUAUGAAGCAAAUUUCCUAUUAGUAAACGUAACAGUGUACCCAAGUUUAAUCAAUUACAUUAGACUUAAGUUGUUGGAAGAGAAAGGAGUGCUACGCAUAUUGGUGUUGAGAGACGAUAUAGCAGAUAAGCAGAGAAGAAUAUACAGAGAUAGCAACUUGUAUGUAAGGCACCCGUACUUUAGUAAGGAUAAGUAUAAGCCACUAAUAAGUCGUCUAAAGGAACCGCCAAAUGUAUAA